AUGACUCGAGCCCGGAGCCGCCGCGUUUCCCCAGCGCGCCUGGCGGAGAGGGCCCAGAUGUGCGGCGCUGCCUCCGGCUGCCCCUCCACCAACGGUGGGGAACGCUGGGCCGUGUACGGGCAGCGAGGUGCGUCCGGCCUCGAAGGCGACGGCGAAGGCGGAGCCCCGGCCCGGCCGGGGAAGCGCGCGGGGAGGCCCCCCCACUGGCCCGCCGGGGUAAACAAGGCCGCGACUCGCGCUGCACACUUACCGGGAGCCGCGGCCCGGCGACCGCUGAGCCCAGGCGGGCCACACCAGGUCAAGCCGGGCCAGAGGGGUCAGACUGGAACGCGGCAGCGGCGGAGGCGGCGGGCCGACGCCGGUCGAGCCCGCGCUGCUUCCUCCGGCAGAGUAGUCCCCGCACUUCCGGAAGUGUUUGGCUUAGUGGCGUCACUUCCGGCCCGGGGUCGACCCGUGGUCGUCCUCCGUACAGGCUACUGGUUAAAAUGCCCCGUUGGCGCCGCCUUCUUGCAACCCGACGCUCAGAGCAAGAGUCUAACCCGGGUGCCACGGUUUCCGAUGGCAGCGGAAAGGGGUCUUGGAAGGAUGUGCACUGAUCUCUGGACAGCGGCAACAACCCUGGAUGGGAGAAAAGAGAAUUGCAGUGAGUUAAUGGGAAUAUUCACAAGCUGCUAUCAAUAGUUUUGUUUUAAUUUUUUUAAUUUUAAUUUUUUGAGACAGGGUCUCAUUCUGUUG